AUGACUCAAGUGCACGUUGACGAACAACGUGCUUCUGACGCCUCUUCCGGGCCUCUGGCUCUGGUCGACGAUGAGAGACGAAUUGGCACAGAUCGGAGCACGUCACCCUCCGACCUCGAAAUCGUGGACUCCUGGGAGCUGAAAUGGCCCACCGACUCUGAGAACCCACACAAUUGGGCCAUCUGGAAGCGGAUCUACCAUGUCGCUGUGCCCGUUUGGUACGGGUUCACCGUCACAUUUGGUAUCUCGGUCUUUGCCCCAUCUGUUUCCGACGUCACGACCGACCUCGAUUGUUCGCGCAUCGUAGCUCUCUUAGGCAUUUCAGUUUUCACCUUCGGCCUGGGCUUUGGGCCCAUCAUCUCGGCCCCAUUAAGUGAGAGGUUUGGUCGCAAAUAUGUGUACCUCGUUUCAGCCAUUUUCUUCAUGUUUUUCAUUACGGGCGCCGCGCUUGCGCCAAACAUAGGAGUUCUCUUGCUGUUCAGAUCGUUGGCCGGGAUAGCGGGCAGUCCUGCGCUUCCAGUCGCUGCCGGGACGAAGGCGGAUGUCAUAACGCGAAAGUCAAUGGCGCUUGCCAUGAGUCUCUUCAUGAUCGCUCCCUAUUUGGGUUCUUGCUUAGGUCCCGUCGUGGGAGGCUUCGCAACGCAAUACAAGGGGUGGAGAUGGACCCAGUGGUCCCUCCUUAUUGCGGCUGGGAUUGUCGUCUUGAUGGCGCUACCCAUGAAGGAAACGUAUAAGAGGGCAAUCUUGAGAAACAGAGCGAUCAAGCAAAGGUUCCGCUUCCGGAAUCUCUUUCCUCCCGUGGAGAACACGCUAAUCCAGACCUCCGUGCGGCCCAUCCGCAUGCUUUUCACUGAGCCUGCCGUCUUUUGUUUCUCAUUAUACUCGGCCUACGCCUUCGCCGUUCUCUUCCUCUUCUUCGCAGCCUUCCCCUUCGUCUUCCAGAGGCCCCCGUACACGUUCUCCCUCUCCUAUGCCGGCCUCCCUUUCCUGGGAACCGCAUUCGGCGUGCUCCUAGGCGCCGCAGCGGUUAUCCUCAUCGAUCGCAAGUGGUACCAAAAGCAUGUCAGAAAUGGCGACGCGACCCCAGAGCAUAGGCUGUAUAGUGCCAUGUACGGGAGCAUUGGAAUCCCGGUCGGGCUGUUUUUGUUCGCCUGGUCCGCCGGCAAGGGGGUGCACUGGUCAGUCCCGGUGGUGGCUGGGGUGCCGUUCGGCAUUGGAAAUCUGUGCUUGUUUGCUCCCACGGUCUUAUACAUGAUCGACACCUACGGCCCCAUGUACGCCGCAUCCGCCAUCGCGGGCAACGGCAUCUUCAGAUACACACUGGCUGCUGUCUUCCCCCUCUUUACUUUUGAGAUGUACACCACGAUGGGCACUGCCUGGGCUACCACUUUCCUCGGGGGCCUCUCGUUGCUCAUGCUGGCGAUUCCGUUCGUGUUCUUCAAAUUCGGAGCUCGGUUCCGGGCACACAGCAAGUAUCAGCCGCCCCGCAGGUGAAGGGGCAAAGGUUGCCUAAGUUGGUCAAAAAGGUGUAUAAGUCGUUCAGACCGGGCCUAUAAACUGUUCAGGAGCGUCUGUAGCGGUUCGAGGGGCUAAAUUGUUCAGGACGGUCUGUAUAGGUUCGAG